CGCAAACUGUAUGGGUAAUGAUGAAUGUCCAUUGACAUUAGAUGAUGCUGGCGGCGUUUUAGGACAUGCAUACUUUCCUGACUCUAGCGGCACCUGUAGAGAAAUCCAUUUAGAUAUAAAUGAACGCUGGUAUUUUGGAAAUAAUCCUAAUAUACCCAAAAAUCAAACUAGUUUUCUUAUGGUGUUGGUUCAUGAAAUUGGACAUGCCCUCGGCAUAGCACAUAGUGCUUCUCCGAAUGCUAUUAUGUUUGCCUUCUAUCAGCAUGAGAUUCGUGGUCUAGAUGUUGAUGAUAUAAAUGCAGUACAAUAUCUAUAUGGAAGAAAAAACAAAUAUGAUUCAAUCCCAACGUCUACCACCGCAUCAGCAAUACCAAAAACAACAACAACUAUAAGAUCUACAACUCAUGAAUUCAACCAGUCUUUCGUGGCAAUUAGAGCCCCACCUCCUCUUGUACAUUCUAGGUUAACUAAGUCUCUAUCAGAUCUAAAAACACAGUACUGGACUAUAAUCAGCGUGUUCUUCGGCCACGAAGAAGCCCAUGAAACUGGGUGA